AUGGGGAGUGAAGCUCAAAUAAUACCAUCUAUUAAUCUGUCUGGUGAAGCUCUAGACUUGGAUGGAGAAAGAUAUAAAGUUUUGUGUACAGAAGUUAGAGAGGCCUUGGAGAACCAUGGUUGCUUUAUUGCGUUCUAUGACAAGAUCUCCAAAGGACUCCGUGAAGAUAUGUUCAUGGGGAUGAUGAGUUUAUUUGAUCUCCCAGAAGAGACCAAGAAGAAGUACGUGGAUCCUAGGCCUUACCGCAGCUACUUGGGCAAGAGCAAAAUUAUUCCUUUGCAUGAAUCCUUUGGGUUAGAUAACGAAGCUGGGGAUAAAAUGGCUCAAGAGUUUACCCACCUCAUGUGGCCGGAGGGGAACCCAAGUUUCUGCGAGACUCUCAAGUCCAUGAGCUCAAAGUUGGUAGAGAUGAAUAAUACUAUCAUGAAAAUGAUUUUCGAGAGCGUUGGGAUGGGAAAGCUCUACAUUUCUCACGUAGAGGACAGCACUAGCGUCCUUCGUAUCAUGAAGUACAAAGUUCCUCCAAGCAAUGAGUCAGCCAUGGGUCUUGUCCCUCACACCGACAAAGACACUCUCACUAUUCUAUGUCAGAAUGAAGUGCAGGGCCUCGAGCUUCUUAACACUCAAGGACAAUGGAUUACCCUCAUCAUUCCCGACGGUGCUUUCGUCGUUAUGGCCGGCGACGGACUUAAGGCUUGGAGCAAUGCAAGAUUUAUUGCAGCAAAACACAAGGUGAUGUUAAGUGAGAACAGGGAGAGAUACUCAUUCGGGCUGUUUGCAAUGCCAAAGGAAGGAGCAACCAUCCAAGUUCCGGAUGAACUUGUUGACGAUGACCAUCCUCUUCUCUACCAACCAUUCAAGUUUUCAGAUUUCUUCUCCUACUUUGUCGAAAACAUCAGUGAUGAUGCUCUUGAACUAUACGCUGGAGUUUGA